AACCUACCGUCCCCUCCUCCUCCCUGCGGCACCACACAGACGUAAGACCUCUUAAUUCUCUCUCAGACACUCUCUCAAACGCUUCCUGAACAGAGUACGCUCCUUGUUCUCCAACAUGGGCAGGCCACAACAGAGAUACCGAGGCGUCCGACAAAGGCAUUGGGGCUCUUGGGUGUCUGAAAUUCGCCACCCUCUAUUGAAGACUAGGAUUUGGCUUGGUACUUUCGAAACUGCAGAAGAUGCGGCCAGAGCCUACGAUGAAGCAGCGAGGCUAAUGUGUGGGCCCAGAGCGAGAACCAACUUCCCGUAUAACCCCAAUGCGUCUCAGUCGUCUUCCAAGCUUCUCUCGGCCACUUUGACGGCGAAACUUCAUAGGUGCUAUGUGGCUUCUCUGCAGAUGACUAGACCCUCAUUACCAGAGCCUCAGAGAGUGGCUUCUUCGCCACAUGUUGACGUUUCCACAAGCAGUUCUGCUGACACAGUGUUGCCACACAAGAGAGCCCAAGAAGAGCAAGAAUCAGAGGCCAAUUGGGUUAUGAAGAAGAAGGUGAAGGUGGAAACUGCACAGCAAUUCAAACCUCUUGAAGAAGAUCACAUUGAGCAGAUGAUAGAGGAAUUGCUUUAUUACGGUUCUGUUGAGCUCUGCUGCUCUGUGAUGGACUAGAGAGUUUCAGCGUUGUGCUGGCUCACAUUCUUAAUUGCGCAAUGCACUGCUCAUUUUGCUAAUUUAACCCAUUUUUCUCAACCUUCUCUUCCCUGUUCUGUCUACUUUAGUAAUGUGGCUCGUCCUCUGGUCCUAGAUAUACCUUCUAAGUGACUCAUUAGAUAAUCCUAUGUGUACAGCAGAUCAUUAUCGACGAUGUUGUAAUGUUAUCAAGCCACUGUCUUUAUUA